GCCAAAACUGCACGUUCCAACUACAGGGUCCCAAUGGGACAGUUGAGAGCCCAGGGUUCCCAUAUGGCUACCCCAAUUACGCCAACUGCACGUGGACCAUCACUGCGGAGGACCAGCACAGGAUCCAGCUCGUGUUCCAGUCCUUCGCCCUGGAAGAGGACUUUGACGUCCUGUCGGUGUUUGAUGGCCCGCCCCAGCCAGAGAACCUGCAGACCAGGCUCACAGGCUUUCAGCUACCAGCUACUAUCGUCAGCGCGGCCACCACCCUCUCUCUACGCCUCGUCAGUGACUAUGCGGUCAGCGCACAGGGCUUCCACGCCAGCUAUGAAGUUCUCCCCAGUCACACGUGUGGGAACCCCGGGCGGCUACCCAAUGGCAUCCAGCAGGGCUCAACCUUCAACCUCGGGGACAAGGUCCGCUACAGCUGCAACCCCGGCUUCUUCCUGGAGGGCCACGCCGUACUCACCUGCCACGCCAGCUCCGAGAACAGUGCCACGUGGGACUUCCCCCUGCCCUCCUGCAGAGCUGACGAUGCCUGCGGGGGGACGCUGCGGGGUCAGAGUGGCAUCAUCUCUAGCCCCCACUUCCCGUCGGAGUACCACAACAAUGCUGACUGCACGUGGACCAUCCUGGCAGAGCUGGGAGACACCAUCGCCCUAGUCUUUAUCGACUUCCAGCUGGAGGACGGUUACGACUUUCUGGAAGUCACAGGCACUGAAGGCUCCUCCCUGUGGUAA